AUGAUUGGUGUCUCGGCAGCAUAUCUGGUCAUUGCUUGGAUCGCGUUCUCAUUGCGGGUCGUUGUCAAAGGAUAUCUUAUGCGAUCAUUCGCCCUCGACGAUUGGCUGAUGGUCAUUGCGAUGGUACGUGUCAAAGACAAUGGCUUGUUGGAAAUUGGUCGACUAACUUGUUCACAGCUCAUAUUCACUGUCGACAGCAAUUCGACUGCGAGACAACCAUAUGCUGACAGCCAUCAGUACCAAGUCUUUCAGUUCGCCUUCUACACUCUGGCAAAUGUAUUCCUCAAGGCCUCUCUCGCAAUCACCUUUAACCGCAUCCUGCUCGAGAAAUGGCAACGCCUGACAGUACAAGUCGUCGUCGGCAUCAACACUGCAUUCGGUCUUGCCUUCUUCUUCGUCAUGCUUUUCCGCUGCGGCGACCCCAUGGACUUUUAUGCUCGAUACAACCACUCCAUGUGUGUGCCUUGGGAAGCCAUGCAAGGCUUGCAAUACACCGACAGCGUCAUCAACACCCUCGCUAGCUGGACCCUCGCUAUCCUUCCCAUCUUCGCCCUGCGCGCUAUGAAGAUGAACCACCAAGCCAAGAUUUCUGCUGGCUUCAUCUUGGUGUUGGGAUGUGUCAGUAGCAUCAUGUCGAUGCCUCGCUUCGGCUUCCUCUACGCUCUUGGUGGCACUGGAGGACAGUUCUGGACAAUGGCUUACCCCGUUGCCGUCCUCGGCGGUGCUGAAGUUGGCACCGGAGCCACUGCCGCAUGUCUCCUAACUCUGCGUCCAUUGAUCAGG